AUGUGCAACGUGCUGGCUCUAACUGUCAAUCUUCAUAUUCAAUUUAUCGAGCAAAUAGAACGAAUGGAAAAAUACGAAUUUCACAGAUUUCCUUUUGAGAAUAAACUUUUCACCGACAUGAGUACAUUUCACAAACAAUAUUUUCAAGGAAAUAUAUCGAGAAAUUAUUGGACUUACGCUGACUACGCUUUUACAGAUUUCGUAACGGGACCAUUGACUCUGCUCCACAGUUUGCAAUGUGUAAAUUUAGUCAAACCCAUAAAAGAAUUACAUACAUAUGUUAUUCAUAUUAUAGAUGCAAAAUAUGUGGAUAGAUAUAACUUUCCAUCUUGGGAGCUUUUCUUGCAUUUCAUACGUAGAAAUGGGAAAUUAAUAAUUGUAAUGGUAGGAUUAGAAUUACCGGACGAAACAUCUAACAGUGAAAUUUGUAGAAUUUGCGUAAACUCUGGAAAGAAGCUCGUUCUUGAAUCUGUUCACAUGUUGUACCACGAUUAUGUUACCAGUUCUGCAUAUAGACGACCAACUAUAGUUAUAGGAUUUCACGCGGAACUUAAAUAUUUAGAUGCGCGGAGAAAAUAUUUAGAAGCAAUUCGGGCCCAAAACUGUUCGUUACUUUUGACUAGUAAGUCGAAAAUUAAGAUGGAAGAGCACUUAACUGAGAUACGAGACGUCUUGGGUGAAUUUGUAAAACCUCUUCUUGAAACUGAAAAUAAAUUCCGUUCACAUAGACCAUAUAGAGACUUUGACACAAAUUACGUGUUUUAUCGUAAUGCAUUUUUAAUUAUCUACAAGAAUUUACAUAAUUCGAAUAUGAGUAAAAAGUGCGCUCUGAUAACAUAUCGAGGACCAUGUUCAUCUGCGACUUAUAACAACUUUUUUCAUGCUUAUCUUUGUCACGUCUGCAAAUUGCCAAAUCAAGGGAAGCUGCAGCUGUGCAACGGAUGCAACAUGAUUGCUUAUUGCAACGAUCACCAUAGAACAAUGCACUUAGUAGAACACAAGUACAUUUGUCAAGCUAUACAAAAAAUUCGACAUAAGAAUUUAUUAUGUAACGUUCCUCGAACACCAUUGCAAGAAUUUUUCAAUUCGAAGAAUAAAUCUAUAACAGCACUGAGCGAAGCACUGGGUCGUAAACUUUGUGAUUAUGAGAUGGAAAUGAUCGUGUGGGCAAGAUUGUGUAAUAAAUGUGAACAGCAUGAAAAAUUGUUCACUUGUCCUGUAUGCUAUUCCGUCAGCUACUGCGAUAAUCACAAAGGAGAGAUUGAUAAACACUAUGGAAUCGAAUGCGAAAACCUGGCGCUGAGUGUUAAUUACGCAAUCAAAUACAUGGAUCGCUCAGGACAAAGAGAAACUUACAAGUUUGAUCAGUUUUUUGACACAAAUAAAUGGAAUUUUACUGACAUGGGAGCAACAUUUCCAAGUGUAUAUAACUGUCCAUCUUGGGAACUUUUUUUACACUUAUUAGGCAAAAGGUGUAAAUUAUUAAUUGUAUUAAUAGGAUCAAAUGUUCCACUGCAAGGAUUAGACUUUAGCAUUUGUAGCUGCUGUGAACAAUCUGGGAAGACGGUCGUUUUCGAAACUUAUCAAAUGAUGUACCAAGAUUAUGUGGCCAGUCCUGUUUAUAAACAGCCAUCUUUGGUUAUAUUAUUAGAUUUUGAAUUUAAAUACGACGUUUCAGAUAAGAUGUGUUUAAUGGCAAUUCGAACUCAGAAUUGUCCUUUAAUUAUAACCGCCAAAUCGCAAACUAAAGUGCAAGAUCACUUGUUUCUUGUGCAGCAACAUAUUGAUGUAUCA